AUGGCACCAUCAGACGAUCUGAAGGCGCACGCCGCCUCAAACCAAGAUUUCUACACCCUCCUCAACAUCUCUCCUGCGGCCUCAGACGCGGAAAUCCGACGCGCCUACAGACGUACAGCCUUGAAAUACCAUCCGGACAAGAUCGCGAACCCCACACAGGCAGAUAUUGACAAGUUUCACCUGCUGCAGAUCGCAAACGACGUUCUUUCAGAUCCGGCGGUGCGGCAGCUCUACGAUAAUGCGCGGGAAGCGGGACAGCGCAAGCAGCGGGAGGUGGAGAUGAUGGAUGCAGCUAGGAGGAAAAUGAGGGAAGAUCUGGAGGCGAGGGAAAGGGCUGGUGCUGCAGGGGUUCAAAGGGGCGUGAAAAGGACGUGGACGACAGCUACUGCACCGGGUAUGGGUACCGGUUUUGGUGGCGACAAUGACGCCGAAGAGAAAUUGCAAAGAGAGAUUGAACGGAUUGCCGAAGAUGGAAGACGGAGGAGACGAGAAGCUGAGGAACGAUUGAGACGUGAAAUGGAAGAGGAGGAGAGGAUCCUACACCAGGAAGAGGAGGAGAAGCGGAGAGCCGCAGAUAAAAGCAGCCAUCGGGUAGAUCGGUCGCAGGAGGGCGGCGGAGAGAAUAUUGCUAUGCUCGAACGAUCUGUGAAAGUGCGCUGGGUCAAGGACGGCCGUGGAUUGGAGCUGGACAAGGAUCGUCUGGUCGGUCUUUUUGCUCCUUUCGGCAAGAUCGAAAACGCGUUCACACUGAAGGACAAGAAGCAACGAAUUGGAGAUCGCCGUGAAAAGAAACUGAUCGGAACUGGCAUUAUUGUCUACUCAUCUAUCGUCAGCGCCCAUACAGCAGUCCUCGACAGCGAAAAAAAGAAACGCCAGAAGGGUGCCGAACUCGACGACUGGGCCCUCAUCGAAUCAGUCUCCUGGGCUUCGGGCAGCCCUCCUGACUUGGGAUUGCAAGCGGCUGACCAUUCCGCUGCUUCUCAUAUUCCUUCUGCUACUAACCCCCCCUCUUCGACUCCAUCAAAACCCACAACUACUGCCCCUAAUAAGGCUUCCUUCAACUUCCCCGGUAUCAAAACAUCUACCCUCGAUGGCGCCGGUAGUAAGCCAAAUGGAAAAGCUCCUUCGUUUGCUUCCUUCUCUCCAGCAGCGGCAGCGGCAAAUUCCGCAAAGACCUCAUCCUCAGCUGAAGGGUCAACGGGGAGGGCCACGCCAAGUCUCGAAGAACUAACUUUGAUGCGACUGAAAAGUGCUCAACGUGAUAAGGAGCGGAGGGCUCUUGCAGAGCAACUUAUGAAGGAAGAUGAAGCUGCAGAUGCUGCGGAAGCUGCUGCAGCCGCUGCCAAAGCUACAUAG